AUGACCACUUCUGAUCUUGAAAACCACCAUAAAACAAUAUUUGAGAAAAUCCAUUGCUUGUAUGCCAGGAAUAAGGAUAACGUGUUAUCCAAGAGAACCUUCAAGAAGGAAUAUUCUUUGGAGGAAAUUAUAAAAUUAGUCAACGAGUUGGAACUAGAUGAACAAGACGGUUUACUCUUUAGAGUGAACAAUGAAGAAUCGAUUGUGUGGGAAAUGGAGUUGAAGAACCAAGAUGUUUUUGUAGGGGUAAUCACUGACAAUGACAUGGGAGAAUAUCUCGAAGUUUGGUUCAUCCGUUUGAUACUUGACAACAGUAAGAUUUUCCUCUCGCCUGUUGUUAGGGGUGAUGUUGAGAAUCUCAAAGAAUUGAUUGCAACAACUUUUGAAGAGCACUUGAAAUACUCGACAAUUGGCGAAAAGUGGAAUGAAGGGGGGAAAGAUUUAUUCAAAGAGAAUGUCGGUUUCUUUGUUUCCAAAAACUUGCCCAUUGAGGCUGUUUUGCCUGCUUUUCCUUGUAAAUCAUCUAACAAGGAUAAAGUUGCCGGUUGGAAGCCUGAUAAAGGGGAAGAGUUGAGUUUAAAGAAGAUUAUUAGUUUUGCCCAAACUAUCAAGAAAGUGUAUGAGCCUGGUAUCAUUGUUUGGAUUGUGAGUGAUGGACAUGUGUUCAGUGACUGCAUUAAUGUCGAUGAUAACGUUGUGGAUGAAUACGGAGAGGAAUUAAAGAAGCUUUAUACUGCUAAUAAGCCACAUGAUCUUGAUUGCAUCAAGUUUGCUGCUUUAAAGGAUAUUUUCAAAAGUAAUACUCUAGAAACGGUGGAAAGAUUUUUACACGGGUUUGAAAUUCUUUAUCACCUUGAUACCAAGAUUGAUAGAACAACUGAAAUUUACAGAAAACUUUUGAUCAAAACUUGUGAUGUUGAAUCCAGAAAGCUUCAAAAUGAUAUCAAAACUCCAAAUCACCCCCGUUUAAAACUUUAUAGAGGCUUUAUGAAGUUUAUGGAAACCGAUCUUAAUAAUACUGGUUUAGUCCAGCAAGUUUCAAGAAAGAAGUUCAAGAAGAUUGUAUCUCAAGUUGCGUUUGAAAUGAUUAAAAGAAACGACGCUUAUUCCAACUUGGUUGAACUAUUUUUCCCUUUCCAUGUUCGUUUUUCGAUUCAUGCCCAUAAUAACUCGGGUCCGAAGUUUGCUGUCUCUUUGUUACCUAAAAGUUCUUGUAAAACCCUUGAAUCUUUAGACAUUGAUAAGAACAAUGUUCUUGUCGUUAAAAAGAUGGAUGAUUAUUUACACAUUCCCACCCCCUGGCACAACUCUGUCUUACAGGUUGAGGGAAUUGAAGGAUAUAUCAUCGACCAAGCUGGCUCGAUUCGUAGUCUUAUAGCAAGCAGUGGUCUUCAAGGUUCAUGGAACGAAGCUGAAAGCUGCUAUCAAUUGUCUAAUACUGCUGUCAAUAGGUUUUAA